UAAUCAAAACCGGGCCGUCCAGAAGAAAAUAAAUUACUUAUUACUAUCGCGAUUGUCAAUUAGUUCUGAGCUGCUGCCUCGGUCGCGUUUUAUCUUUUUUUUUUUUCGUAAAAAGAUGGCCGUUUGUGCGUAUUCCAACGAGAUCGACGACGACGUUACUCGCGAGGAAUUUUGCGAAAUUAACUUGUCCAAAUACUUGGGACAUUCGUUACCUGAAGUAGGGUCGCUGUCGGAUCUUAUAAGGGAACUGAACCGUAUUUUUGAAAAAGACUCGAUCAACAUCGAACUGGUCCAUUACGUGAUGCGAUCGUACAAGUCCAACCCUGUGGAAUGGAAGAAAUACGCCAAGUUUGACAGAUACAGGUACACGAGAAAUUUGGUGGACGACGGAAACGGCAAAUACAACCUCAUGGCUUUGUGUUGGGGUGAAGGUCAGGGAGCCAGCAUACACGACCACGCAAACUCGCACUGCUUCAUGAAGAUCCUCCAAGGGUCACUCGAAGAAAUUAGAUACGGCUGGCCGAAAGAAGAAGGACAAGAACUCGAGGAAAUUCGCAGAACCCGCUUAAAUUUAAACGACGUUUGUUAUAUCAAUGAUUCGCUGGGUUUGCAUCGAGUCGAAAAUGUUUCCAGUUAUGAUACCGCCAUAAGUUUGCAUCUAUAUUGUCCGCCUUACGAUCGAUGUUCAGUUUUCAACCAAAAAACGGGAACCAAGUCGACAGCAACCGUGACAUUCCAUUCAAUGUUUGGAAGACGUAUUAAAAGAACGGAGAACAGUGGUUAAAAUAAAGAGUCUACAUCGAGAUGCCACUUUAGCGAGGAGUACCAAAAUAUAUUAAUAAUAUUGAAAAAAUUAAUAA